UGCUCGUCCCUUCCGUGUUCGGUGCCAAAAAAAAUUCCAGAAAAUGGAAAAACUAAUAAAUUUUGAAGUCAAGAAAGUCAAUGUGCUUGGAUUAAAUUGGAUUCAUUCCACUAGACUUCCAUUUCCGAUAAAUGCUCCCCAAUUUUUUCUUCAUUCUCAAUCACCGCUUCACCCCCAAUCUCAUCAAUCUCUCGUCGGAGGAAUUCCAUCUUCGAUCAAGAUCCUAAAAUAAGGUGUAUUUUCUACUGAAAAUUAAGGGCAUUUAGGAAGAGGAUUUCAAAUUUGAACUUCUAGUGAAAUUCAUCAAGAUGGCUGAUGGAUCUGUAGAUAUCCCAGUUAUUGAAGAGAGGACAAAGGUUGAACUUGAUUGGGAAGUUGUUAAGCUGGAUAAAGAGGUUGAGAAAGAAAAGCUCGACCUCAAGAUCAAGAACAAGGAGGCAAAGUGUGAGGAUGACAGCAAAGAGAAGACAGCGGUCAAGCUUCAAAGAAAAAGUUCAUCAGUACAAAAAGAGAAGGCGAAAGAUAUCAAGAAUAAGAAGGAGAAAGCCCUAAAGUCUGAUGACGAAAAAGAUAAGAAGGUCAAGGUUAAGGAAGAUGAAGAUUCAAAAGUGGAAGGGAAGAACAAAAAAGAAAAGAAGAAAGAAGAGAAGCACAAGAACAAGGAUGAAGCCAAAGAUGAAAAAGAAGCCAAAAAGAAGCACAAAGACGAGGUUGGAGCAGAGGAGGAAACAGAAGUGAACAAGAAGAAGGAAAAGGAAGACGAGAAGAAAGAGAUAAAAGAUGAAAAGAAGCAUAAGAAGAAAGAUGGGAAAUCUGGGGAGAAUGAUGGAGUGAAAGAAAAGAAAGGAAAGAAGAAAGAAGUCGAGGAUGAUGAAGAUUUUGAAAAAGAAGAGAAGAAACAGGAAAAAGAUAAGAAAGAUACGGAGAAGGGCAAAGGUUAUGAUGUAGUGGAAGAUAAAAAAGUGAAGAAGGAAGUUGAGAACGAAGAAAAAAAAGAUGAUAGUAAAGAAGAGAAGAAGAAGAAGAAAGAAGAGAAGGAAAAGAAGAAAAAGGACAAAGGAGAAGAAGAAGAUGAUGGUAAAGAAGAGAAGAAGAAGAAGAAAGGAGAAGAGGAGAAGAAGAAGAAGAAGAAAGGAGAGGAGAAGGAGAAACAGGACAAAGGAGGAGAAGAAGAUGGUAAAGAAGAGGAGAAGAAGAAGAAAGGACAGAAGGAAAAGGAGAAAAAGGACAAAGGGGUUGUGAAGGGUAUGGAUGAGGAGAAUGAUGACGUGAAGAAAAACAAAGGGGAGAAGAAGAAUUGCAAGGAUGAAGAAGAUGCUGAAAAAGAAGAAAAGAAAACGAAGAAAGAAAAGAAGGACGAGAAGAAAAAGGAAAAAGGUGAGGAAGAGAAAGGAGAGAAGAAGAAAAAAGAUAAGAGUGAAGAGAAGGAGGAGAAAGGUAAGAAAAAAGACAAGGAUGAAGUAGAAGAUGAAAAAGAAGACAAGAAGGGGAGAAAGGAGAAGAAAGAUAAGAAAAUAGACAAGGAUGAAGUAGAAGAUGAAAAAGAAGACAAGAAGAGAAGAAAGGAAAAGAAGAAAGAGAAGGAAGAUGAUUCAAAGACGAAAGCCUCAGUUAGGAACACCAGUAAGGAAAUUGAGAUAGAAGAAUCUGGGAAGACCGAGGCCUCCGUUACAAACACCAGUAGGGAAAUUGAAAUAGAAGAAUCUGAGAAGAGACCUAGAGGAGAAGACGAGAAGAAUGAUAAAGAAAAGAAAAACAAGAAAGAUAAAGAAGAAAAGAAAAAGAAAGUUGAAGACAGAAACAAAACUAGAGAUCUAGGAAAAUUGAAACAGAAACUAGAGAAGAUAGAUGUUAAAUUAAAUGCCUUGCUCGAGAAAAAGGCAGAUAUUAUGAGGCAAAUAAAAGAAGCUGAAGACGGAAAUUGCAACAUCCCUGUGAAAUCUAAGGAGGUGGCAUAACUCUGUGAGGAUGAGGAGAAUGGUGAUAUGUGUUCUUAUUAAGGUUUUCGCAAUCCUCUCUGUUUCAAUGAAUGAAUAUGUAUUGUAAUAGAAAUAGAAAUGUAUAAGUCAGUGUUCUAUUUUUUUUUUUCCAUGUAAAAUUUCAUUUUUAUGUUCUGCGGUGGUAAAAAAAUUCAGGUGAUGUUUGAUUAAUAAGUAGCUGGGAGGGUACUCUUCGUGCUUUCUAACAGUAUUUCUAAAAUUCUUAAAA